UACUCAUUCUUGGUGUCAAGAACUCAGGAAUUCUUGCAGUAUUUUUUAAAUGUUGCUGCUGCUGUUUGGUUUUGAGCUGUCUCAUCUCUAGCAGUUUGAGAGCUAAGCAACAUGGAAAUAUCAAAUUUCCUGGAGAAUGGGAAUAUUCCCAAGGAAGCAAACAAUUCAGGAUGUAAUCGGAUGAACCUUUGCACUUUGGCUCUUUUAAUACUGGUUGUGGUUCCACUUUUGAUAGUCUGUUUUCUGUGCCUUCAUAGCCAGUCUCCAGAGAUCUGCUGGGCUCAUGCAACUUCACCUUCAGAUGAUCAUGGUCAUUACAUCAUAUGGAAGUGGAACAUGACAGACUGCAGUAGCUUCGUAAGGAAUGACUCUAACCAAAAGCUGGAGAUCCUGCAGAGUGGCAUGUACUUCAUCUAUGCCCAGGUGACCCGCAUAAAGGAAAUAGAAAGUUAUUUUACGAUGAUGCUGUACAAAGAUGAGAAUAUUCUCCUCAACCAGAUGACUGGGACAAAUACUGGGGAGAAAACUGCCUCCAUCAAUUUCGGGAGACCUUAUUUUCUGAGCAAGGGGGAGAAGCUGUUCUGUACGAUCAAUAGUGGACUUGGACACAUCUUGAAAGACAAUCAGACUUACUGGGGACUGUACAAAAUGUAACAGAUUUCCUCUCAGAGUCAGCUUCUCUCACCCUCCAAGGAACAUUAGGAAUCUAAUCCCUGAGUCUGAAAUGUUUGCAAUUUCUCUGCAUCAAACUCAAUACAAUGAUGCUUUGGGCUUUCUCAUCUUCCUGUUGAAGUAAUUCAAGGCACACGCUCAACAAGAUGUGAAUGUGCGACUCCGGUAAUGACAUCAGAUUGUCACAAGUUAUGGGAGGAAAACACUUCUAGAACAACUGUGUGAACAAAGAAAAGCAAUACCUUGAUGUGUUAGAAAUGUUAGUUAUAAAUCCCAGGCAAAUGAGUCACUAUGUUCUGCCCAUUCUGCACUGGUAAACAGUUCCACUCCAUGGCUGGCUGCCUUUCCAUGCGGGGUGAAAAUGAUUGUCAUUUGUAUAUUUUGUGAAGCGCCUUGAGGGUCCGUGGACAUGAAAGAUGCUAUGUCAAUGUAAUGUAUAAUGUACAUACUGUACAUAACCUGGACAAAAAGUGGCCUGUCUGGGAUUGAGGGACCAACAUGUUUAAAGGCAAAUGGGAUAGACGGACGAUUCCUUGCUUCCAUCCAGGUCUCUCCUUUCUGUCCCCUUUUCUCCUCACAUCCAUACCUAACUUUAACAAGGGAAACUGCAGCUGUCCCAAUUUCCCCUCAGGGUGAACCCUGCCCCAUCAUCUCUGGGGAUUCACACUGUUUAGGAGUUCUGCAUUCAGAAUGAAUGCAAACUGUAUUUUCUCUUUGAACCAUUGAGUCCAAUGCUGGAGUACUGAAGGUGGCACACAGAGCCUGUGUGUCCAUAUUAAGAUUCAGGGUUCCCUUGACCCUCACCAUUUUCUAUCAUACAAUGCUGUAACAUGGAACUUAACAGGGCAGAUAAAGUCACACAGAACAGCAUCUGGACUGGAGGGGGAUCAGGCUUCAAAUUCUCUUAACGUCUAUAGCUGCAUUGUGCAGUAUAAGCAGAUGUAACAUUUGUCAUUGAAAGGAAGUGGGGUACCCAUAUCUCUAUUGAUGGGAGGGCACACCUGUAGAAGUAAAGGUAGAGAAGGAGUGUGAUCAGGGCCUGUGCUACCAUUUAGGCAAACUAGGCAGUUGCCUAGGGUGCCAAGAUUUGGGGGUGCCAAAAAGCGGUGCCCCCAAUUUUCUUUUACAGCGUUCCUACACUCCC